GGUUUCAGGCAUCGGUGAUAUUCAGCGAUGUGGCUGUCGACUUCUCUCAGGAGGAGUGGGAGUGCCUGGACCCUGCUCAGAGGGACUUGUACAGAGAUGUGAUGUUGGAGAAUUAUACCAACUUGGUCUCACUGGGAUAUUCUGCCUCGAAGCCAGAUGUGAUUACCUUACUGGAGCAAGGGAAAGAGCCCUGCAUGGUGGUGAAGGAUGUGACAGGAGGAUGGUGCCCAGGUUUGUUCUCCAGGCAUAAGACCAAGACGUUAUCUCCAGAAAAAGACAUUUAUGAAAUCAGUUUAUCCAAAUGAGGGAAAACAGAAAUAAAUAAAACUCUUGGUAUUAAAGGAUCCAUUUUGAAAAAUGAGUGUCAGGGCAAAAGUGAGUUCGAGGGUCAAGGAGGACCUCAAGAGAGAUAUUCUAGUCGAAUGAAAAUCAUCUAUAAAAAAAUGCCAACAUAUAGAAAACACUCAUCUUUUACUCUGAAUCACAGAAUUUAUAAUAGUGAGAACUCUUAUGAAUAUAGGGAAUGUAGGAGAACAUUUAGUUGUAGCUCAAACUUGGUUCAUCAUGAGAAAACUUAUUCUGAUGAGAAACAUUAUAAUUGUAAAGAAUGUGGGAGUACUUUUAAUAGUGUCUAUCACCUUACUCUACAUCAGAAAAUUCACACUGGUGAAAAACCCUAUGAAUGUAAGGAACGUGGGAAGGUCUUUAGUCAUAACUAUGGACUUACUCUGCAUCAGAGAGUUCAUACUGGUGAGAAACGCUAUGAAUGUCAAGAAUGUGGGAAGGUCUUUAGACUUUAUCCACAACUUAAUCGGCAUCAGAGAAUUCAUACUGGUGAAAAACCCUAUAUGUGUAAGAAAUGUGAUAAAGGCUUUUUUAGUAGCUUAGAACUUUCUCAACAUGAGAGAAUUCACACUGGCGAGAAACCUUAUGAAUGUAAAGAAUGUGGGAAGGCUUUCCGACUUGGUUUUUACCUUACAGAACAUCAAAAAAUUCACACAGGUGAGAAGCUUUAUGAAUGUAAGGAAUGUGGGAAAGCUUUUAGUGCAUGUGGACAACUUACCCGUCAUCAGAAAAUUCAUAAUGGUGGAAAGCCUUUUGAAUGUAAGGAAUGUGGGAAGGCCUUUAGACUUGGUUUUUACCUUACUGAACAUAAAAGAAUACAUGCAGGUAAGAAACCUUAUGAAUGUAAGGAAUGUGGGAAAACCUUUAAUGUGCGUUGACAGCUUAAUCGGCAUAAAACAAUUCAUACUGGUAUAAAACCCUUUAAAUGUGAAGUAUGUGGGAAGGCUUUUAGUUACAGUGGUGACCUUAGAGUACAUCAUAGAAUUCAUACUGAUGAGAAGCCAUAUGAAUGUAAGGAAUGUGGAAAAGCCUUUAUGCUUCGUUCAGUCCUUACUGAACAUCAAAGAAUUCAUACUGGUGUAAAACCCUAUGAAUGUAAAGAAUGCGGGAAGACAUUUAGAAUGCGCUCUCAAGUUAGUCUACAUAAGAAAAUUCAUACUGAUGUGAAACCCUACAAAUGUAUAGAAUGUGGGAAGACCUUUAGAUUUGGUUUCUACCUUAGUGAACAUCAGAGAAUUCACACUGGUGAAAAGCCCUAUGAAUGUAAAGAAUGUGGAAAGGCCUUUAUUCGUAGAGGAAAUCUUAAAGAACAUCUGAAAAUUCAUUCUGGUUUAAAACCCUAUGAAUGUAAAGAAUGCGGGAAGACAUUUAGAAUGCGCUCUCAAGUUAGUCUACAUAAGAAAAUUCAUACUGAUGUGAAACCCUACAAAUGUAUAGAAUGUGGGAAGACCUUUAGAUUUGGUUUCUACUUUCCACUACUCUACUACCUGUGUGAUAUUGGGCAAAACAUUUACCUGUUAGUGCCACAGUUGUAA